UUUUCUCUCCGUAGAUUCUGAACGUGGGAUAAGAAAUCUUGCAAAAAUUAUCGUCGGUAAGGCAGGGCGCCUGUAAUAUCUUUACUCGCCUCUUCGUUUUGGUAAACAGGUGCAACGUGACAUAACCUCAACGUGGCUGCUCUCACGGUGCGCGGCCAGUAAAGGACUUUUUUGUGCCCCGACGAUCAUGACGGGCCGAUUAUUGACGGAACGCAGCUUGAGUUGAUCGUCGGGAAGCGCCUGCGGGAGGCGUCGCACUCGGGAUUCUCGAAAAUCGCGAUGUCCAUUCCGCUUUUGCACGUCAGCCGGCGGUCGUUGGUGACCGCGGCGAGGUCCAAGCGGCGCGUCGUCGUGACCGGGAUAGGGACCGUGUGCCCGCUGGGAGUCGGGACGCGCAACGCCUGGGAGGCCCUCGUCGACUCCAAGUGCGGAAUCACGCGGCUCGCCCAGCCGGACUACGACAAGCUACCGUGUAAAGUGGCCGCAUUGGUGCCGAAAGGAGACUCUCCUCACGAGCUCAAUGUCGACUUCCACUUUACAAAGAGCGAGCUACGCACGGUGUGCCCUGCCACCGCGUACGCGCUGAUAGCCUCGGAGGAGGCGCUCGCAGACGCGAGGUGGAAGCCGACCGACGAGGCCGAUAAGCGCGACACCGGGGUCUCGGUGGGGAUCGGCAUGAUAGACCUGGUGGACGUGUGCAUGACGUACGAGGCUCUGAAGAAGGGCUACAGCAAGGUCAGUCCGUUCUUCGUGCCGAGGAUACUGCCGAAUAUGGCCGCCGGUCAGAUCAGCAUCAAGUACGGCUUCCGCGGGCCCAAUCACUCGGUGUCGACCGCGUGCGCGACGGGCGCGCACGCUAUUGGCGACGCGUUCCGCUUCAUUCGCGGUGGCGAGACGAGCGUAAUGGUGUGCGGCGGUGCGGAGGCGUGCAUCAGUCCCCUGGCCAUAGCCGCGUUCUGCCGGCUGCGCGCGCUGAGCACGUCGAAGAACGACAUGCCGCGGGAAGCGUCGCGGCCCUUCGACCACGACCGCGACGGCUUCGUCAUGGGCGAGGGCGCCGCGAUACUGGUCCUGGAGGAGCUGAGCCACGCGCUCGCCCGGGACGCGCCGAUUUACGCGGAGGUGCUGGGCUACGGCCUGUCCGGCGACGCGUCGCAUAUAACUGCGCCCAGCGAGGACGGCAUCGGCGCGCUGCUAGCGAUGGACCGGACGCUGAAGGACGCCGGCAUCGAGACCUCGGAGGUGACGCACGUGAACGCGCACGCCACGUCCACGCCGUUGGGCGACGCGAUCGAGGUGCGGGCGAUCGAGUCGCUGAUGGGCGGGCACAGUAAAAAUGUGACGGUGACGAGCACGAAGGGGGCGCACGGUCAUCUGCUGGGUGCCGCCGGUAAUCUGGAGGCCGCCUUCACGAUCCUGGCGAUCAAGGAGGGCGUCAUACCGCCUACGUUGAACCUGCACAACUUGGACAUGGAGACGUGUUUGAGGUUUGCGCCACAUACGAAAGUAAGGUGGGACGCGACGACGACGCGUCGAACGGCACUAAAAAACGCGUUCGGCUUCGGCGGGACGAACGCGUGCCUGUGCUUCGCGCAAUACGUCGACUAGGCUUGACAAGGAUCUCUUGCUGUAUUCUAUUUCUUUGGCGAGAGAAUAUCGUAAUCGCUCUUUGAAAUGCCUGCGAAAGGACUUCAAUAAUGAAAAGGUGGAGAACGAAAGUUAUUACUUAAGAAGAUGGAAGAGAGUGUUUUAUAAUACAAUCUUAUAUCGCAUCUUCUCAUAGUCUGACAAAAAUAAAGUGUGUGUCCCCAUAAAGAUGCAAAUCCAUGUCUAGAAGGAAAAAGAAAAAAGUCAACCGGGUUUGGAGUUACGAUAAACGUAAACGCAACACUGAUAAAAAUUAAUUACUAGUCAUUCCUCGAAACGCACAUUGACUAAAGUGAAGAAGUAUUCACAAAAGAACACGUAGAAGAGGUAAUGAUGCUCCCGCAUGUACAUAUGUAUAGAAGUAAGCCAAGAGAAGCAACUUCGGUGACGAAGUUUACAUAACUAAUUACCAGUUAGCGGCUUAAAUAUUUUUAAUAACUUUUAUGCAACAUACAAUAUAUGUGUACGAGAUUUACGACAAUAAUUUUUUUUGUAGAAUAUUUUUACAGUGCGUGUAAUGGAAGUUACACAAAGAGGAUAUACAUCGGAAUAAUAAAAUAUAUGUAUAUAUAUUAUAAUGGAAUGCAACAUUGAUUUUAAUAUCAAGUUUCCGACAAUAUUACAUCGCGUCUCUGCUUAUUACUACGUCGACACGAGCCGUAGUCGUAUCGUCCGUAAACAAUCUCGAAAAUAAAAAUUUUCAAGAAAA